CAUGUCAAAGAAUAAGAAGUCUAGCUUAGGACGCCAAAAGAUCCCAAUUGAAAAAAUACCCAAAAAGAGUCAUUUGCAAGUUACAUUCUCUAAGCGUCGUUCGGGACUGUUCAAGAAAGCCAGUGAGCUUUGCACCCUUUGUGGUGUAGAGAUUGCAAUUGUGGUUUUCUCUCCCGCGGAUAAGGCAUUCUCUUUUGGCCAUCCAGAAGUUGAGUCCCUCAUCGAUCGUUACACCACGCGAAACCCUCCACAAGAGUCUAGUGCACACCACCUCGUUGAGGCACACCGAAAUGCCAAUGUUUGUGAUCUCAACAUGCAACUCACUCAGGUUUUCAAUCACUUGGAGAUUGAAAAGAAGCGAACAGAUGACCUAGACCAUGUGAGGAAAGCUAGGCAGAGGCAAUUUUGGUGGGAGAGUCCUAUUGAUGAGCUUGGAUUGAAUGAGUUGCUGCAGUUAAAGGCCUCUAUUGAGGAGCUAAAAAAGAACAUAGAAAAACAUGCUAGCAAAUUCAUGAUUGAACACUCUAGUAAUAUACCUUCUUCAUCAAUUCUUGGACCUAAUAAUGGACUUGGUCCACUUGUACGUUAUGACACCUUUGAGAACAAACCUGGUGCUGAGAUUGGUAUUGCUUCAUCAAUUCCAAAUGCCCAUUAUCUCGCUUUUCGCACUGGGUAUCUUUGA